CCAUGAACAGUUCGCUCAAAGUUUUUGCCCUUUUGUGGCUAAUAAUUUCCGUAAUUCCUUCAAAUCAUGGCGAUUCCCAAUUUUUGAACCCCGAAGAAUACAGAGUUUACGAUCAGCUGAAAAAGCAGGAUUGCGGAAUACAAAAACAAGGAGGUAAUCAUGGCAAGGAUUUUCCGAUGUCCCAACCUUGGAUGGCUUAUAUCUAUGAUGAAAAAAAUAUACAAAAUUGUCGCUGUGGAGGCACACUUAUUUCGGAAAGCUUUGUUUUAACUUCUGCUCACUGUCUUGCUUUUUGUCCUUCAUCUAGCGAAUUUAAAGUUCGACUGGGAGAGCACAGUCCCACGACUUCGAAAUACUGCAAGGAAACUAUUUGUGCACCACCAGUGAAACAUUUUUUUAUAAACGAAAGUGUUUUUUAUGAUAAUUUUGUAUAUUACCAAUUUGGAAAUGAUAUUGCUCUGCUGAGAUUGGACCGAAAGGUGGUCUUUAAAGAUCAUAUUCGACCCAUUUGCCUGCCUUUAACCCCCGAUCUCCAAGCGAUUACCUCAUUUAUGGGACAAUCCUACACCGCUCUCAAAUGGAUGCAAACCGGGAAAAUCCCAAAAGAAAAUCUAGUUGAGGAACAUGUGAAUACGGAGCAGUGCUCUGUGGACACACAUGAGUCGUUUCUCUGUACCACCGAAAACACUGAAUGCCGGGAAAACUCGGGAGGGCCACUGACUUGGCUGGGAAGAUACUUUGGAUCCACGCGAUAUUUGAUAUUUGGACUGGCCAGCCAUGGAAAAGGACCCUGUGGUAAUGGUCAGAAGGCCUACUACACAGAUCUGCCCGCCUUUAUGCCCUGGAUACUCAAAACGCUUGCCAAAUAUCCAACUUUAUGAGGAUAUUAUGAAUAAAUUGAAUUUAGGCAAUAACUUAUUUAAACAAAAUGGAAUCCAGAACCUUGCUGAUUUAAUUUAAUUUAUCAAUUUUUAUAUUCAUUUCAGCAAUAAGGGAAAAGAUUAAAAAUUAAAAUAGGGUAGAAAAAAUAGUGGCUUUACAAAGUGUUCGGCAAUCUAUCAGUACAAUCUUGUUCAUAAAGAAAAUAUAGCUUUAAAAUUUUUCGUUUGUUAUAGAUGAA